CCCGCCCAGCGCCGGGCCGGGGAGCCGUGUCCCGCAGCGCCGGGGGAGCGCCGAGGGAGCGGCCGGGAAGCGCCGAGGAUUCUUCUUCUUAAUCCUUCUUUAGAUCCUGGGCUUCAGUCAGAAGAAAUCUAGACCAUCCACAGCAAAUAGUGUUGGAGGUGCACUGGAAGUAGAGGCCUGGGAGCUUUGCUUUUCAUGUGCUAUAAUACUCGGCAUGUUGUUGUUCUAUCACAUGCUGGCCGGAGCCUUUCUGCCGUUCUUCAUCCUUUCAGGAAACUGGGUUUCAGCUGAGAACAUCAACUUUUACAAUGUGAGGCCUCCACUGGACCCCACUCCAUUUCCAAACAGUUUCAAGUGCUUUACCUGUGAUAAUGCAGCGGACAAUUACAACUGUAACAGAUGGGCUGAAGAUAGAUGGUGUCCUGAAAGUACUCAGUACUGUUUGACAGUUCAUCUCUUCACAGACCAUGGGAAAAGUACAUCGGUCACCAAAAAAUGUGCUACUGGGGAAGAAUGUCAUUUGGUAGGGUGUCACCGUCACAGGGAGAGUGGCCACACUGAAUGCAUCUCUUGCUGUGAAGGAAUGAUUUGCAACGUGGAGAUCCCAACCAACGACACCAACGCAGUGUUUGCUGUGUUGCACGCCCGGAGGACGUCGGACGGCAGCAGGAGGACGGUCAGCGUCGCGGUGCUUGUGUCACUCAUGACCAUCGCCCUGUCAUGAUGCAGCACCCUCCCUUUACAGCUGUGGGAGUGGGUCCACCUGCCCCAGGGCCAUGAGGAAGUGCAAGAAGAUUGUUUCAGAAAUCCCUGAUACUUCUUUCUUAUAGAAAAUGCUAAGGGGACAAUGGAAAGCCAAGUGUCCAUCACAUUGGAAAGCCAAAUGCCCAUCACAAUGGAAAGCCAAGUGUCCAUCACAAAGUCUGUGGCUAUUUUAGUGAAGAUUCUUCAAAAGGCCUGCAGUAUUUAAGAAAACCUCCCACUGGUUGACUUAGCAGUAGGGUGAACUCAAGUUCUUGUCAUUCACUGUCAUGUGAUAAAAAUGAACGUUUGCUUGGCAUGGUUUUGGAACAGAGAAAACUAUCUGUAGACCAUCACAGGUGAGAUAAAAAUGGACUGUCUGAUGGACAGUGUGAUACCAGGUAUCUCAAUGGAAACUGUUUCUGAACUGCUCUUCAUGGUGCAUAAACAGCACAGGGUUUUUUGUCAUGAUCAAGAGGUGUAC